AGUAGCUUGAUAUAGAUUCGUUUUUUUAUUGAAAUUAGUCAGAGAGCAGUCAUGUCAAAGACUAAGAGCAGCGAGUCGGUGAAAGUGGUGGUUCGAUGCCGGCCCUUGAACCGGAAGGAGGAGUCCCACGGUCCUGCAGGGGGCAUCGUGCAGAUGGACCUGGGUCUGGGACAGGUGAUCCUCAGGAACCCUCGAGCACCGGUCAGCGAGCCCCAGAAGACCUUCACGUUCGAUGGGGUUUAUGAUGCGAGCUCCAAACAGCGAGACCUGUACGACGAGAGCGUGAGGCCGCUGAUCGACUCGGUGCUGGAAGGGUUCAACGGCACCAUCUUUGCGUACGGGCAAACCGGAACUGGAAAGACAUACACUAUGCAGGGGGCAUGGAGGGACCCGGAGAAGCGGGGGGUGAUCCCCAACGCUUUUGACCACAUCUUCACACACAUCUCCCGCUCGCAGUCCGACAGGCAGUACCUGGUACGGGCGUCCUACCUGGAGAUCUACCUCGAGGAGGUUCGGGAUCUCCUCGAUCCCAACCAUGACACCGCCAGAGCCCUGGAGCUCAGAGAGAGUCCAGACACCGGAGUGUACGUCCGAGAUCUCACCUCGUGUGUCUGCAAGAGCAUCAAGGAGAUCGAGGAGGUGAUGAACGUGGGCAACCAGGCGAGGGCGGUGGCGGCGACAGACAUGAACGAGUACUCGUCCCGGUCCCAUGCCUUGUUCCUGAUCACGGUGGAGUGCAGCCAGCCUGGACCAGAUGGGAGAAAGCACAUUCGAGUUGGUCGCCUCAACCUGGUGGAUCUGGCUGGCAGCGAGCGCCAAGCCAAGACCGGCGUCCAGGGCGAGCGCCUGAAAGAAGCCGCCAAGAUCAACCUGUCCCUGUCGGCCCUGGGGAAUGUGAUCUCAGCACUGGCAGAUGGACGCAGCGGCCAUGUGCCUUACCGGGACUCCAAGCUCACCAGGCUGUUGCAAGACUCUUUAGGUGGGAAUGCUAAGACGGUCAUGGUCGCCACCUUAGGCCCCGCCCCCCAGCACUACGACGAGACCCUCACCACCCUCCGCUACGCCAACCGAGCCAAGAACAUCCAGAACCAGCCGAGGGUCAACGAGGACCCCAAGGACGCUCUGCUGCGCGAGUUCCAGACGGAGAUCGCUCGCCUCCGGGCCCAGCUCAACCACAGGAAGUGGAGCAGCAAGCAGAAGAAGGAGCAGGUGGAGGGCGAGAGCUGGGAGAGAGACGAGGACGAGGAGACGGAGGGCGAGGACGAGGAGCUGGAGGUGGAGAAGGACGCGGAGGAAUACGUGAAGCUGCAGGAGCAGCGGCUGGAGAGGGAGAAGGAGGCCAUCAGAGAUGAUCGCUUCAUGUUGGCCGAGGAGAAGCAGAAGCUGCUGGGAGAGAACCAGAGGAUGAUGGGGGAUCUGAGGAAGGAGCAGGAAGCCACCGAGCAGCUGACCGCCAAGUACAAGGCGAUGGAGAGCAAGCUGCUGGUCGGAGGAAAGAACAUCAUGGAUCACACCAACGAGCAGCAGAAGAUGCUGGAGAUGAAGCAGCAGGAGAUCGCUGACCAGACCCGCACAGAGAGGGAGAUGCAGCAGCAGAUGUUCGUCCAGGACGAGGAGACGGUGGAGCUCAGGGAGACGUUCACCUCUCUGCAGCAGGAGGUGGAGGCCAAGACCAAGAAACUCAAGAAGCUGUACGCCAAGCUCCAGUGCAUCAAGGCAGAGAUCCAGGACGUGAACGACGAGCACGUGAGGAGCCGACAGGAGCUGGAGCAAACUCAGAACGAGCUCACCAGAGAGCUCAAGUUCAAGUACCUGAUCAUAGAGAACUUCAUUCCUCCAGAGGAGAAGAACAAGAUCAUGAACAGACUGACCUUCGACACCGAGGAGGACCAGUGGAAGUUCCAGCCCCUGGUUCCCGCUGAGAGUAAAUCCUCUCAGAUGAAGAAAAGGCCGUCGUCUGCAGUCGGAUACAAACGACCCAUCACCCAGUACGCCAGGGUUGCCAUAGCGAUGGGAGCCCACUCCAGAUACAGGGCUGAGAACAUCAUGUUCCUGGAGCUGGACAUGACUCCUCCGAACACGGCCUCUCUGGAGCGCUCGAAGGACCCGAACCAAAGCACCUCCGGGGACAACUCGCCCACCAAGGAGAGGGGGGGCGUCCGCAAGUCUCGCUCAUGGUGUCAGACGCCGAAAUCCAUCAGUUCCUCCUCCUCUAACGUUUCCCUGGCGACGUGUCACGCUGCCACGCCCACAGCGGCACAGUAA